GUUCAACGCGAGCGCUUGGCGUGCGGGGUUUAAAGUACACGCGAACACCUUCGGAGCGGCUAAUAGUCGGCGAUUCAUUGAGUAGUUAGUUGAUCACAUCCGAGGGAGAACCAUCACACAUCGCAUCAUGAUCAACACAGGGAAGUUGGCCGGGCGGACGAUCUUCGUGACUGGUGCGAGCCGCGGCAUCGGUAAGGCGAUUGCCUUGAAGGCGGCUAAAGAUGGUGCCAAUGUUGUCAUUGCCGCCAAGACGGCAACAGCUCAUCCGAAACUUCCAGGCACCAUUUAUACCGCUGCUGAAGAAAUUGAAAAGGCAGGCGGCAAGUGUCUGCCAUGCGUGGUGGAUGUGCGCGAUGAGGUGCAGGUUCGCGGCGCUGUUGAAGAAGCGGUGAAGAAGUUCGGAGGCAUUGAUAUUCUCGUCAAUAACGCAUCUGCCAUUUCUCUGACUCCUACCGACCAGACGGACAUGAAGCGCUACGACUUAAUGCAUCAGAUUAAUACACGAGGUACAUUCCUAGCAACAAAGGAAUGUUUGCCGUACCUGAAAAAGAGUAACCACGCUCAUGUGCUCAACAUCUCACCCCCACUGAACAUGGAAACGAAAUGGUUCAGCAAUCACGUGGCGUACACAAUGGCAAAGUAUGGCAUGUCGCUGUGUGUGCUUGGACAUCACGAGGAGUUCCGCCCAUUGAAGAUCGCCGUAAACGCGCUAUGGCCGCGCACGGCUAUCAAAACAGCCGCGAUGGAGAUGCUUUCCGGUGGCGGCACACACAGUGCUUACCGCAAUCCGGAUAUCAUGGCGGAUGCUGCCUAUGCCGUUCUCUCGCAGGACCCUGCCAAGUGCACCGGUAACUUCUUUAUUGAUGAGCGUGUGCUCUUCGAGGCCGGCGUCAAGAACUUCGACGCUUACGCAUGUGACCCAAACAACAAGGACAAUCUCAUGUUGGAUUUCUUCCUCAAUGAGGACCAAGCAAAGCCGUGCGUCGGAACGGGCUCUGGUGAGACCGGUAUGGAACAGGGACUCGCACAGGGACCUUUCGGUAAAAAGAAAGAAGCGCCUUCCGGGCCAGUCGAGAACGUUGAGGGUAUCUUCCGUGUGAUUGAGGCUAGUCUGAGCGAGGAUCUUGUUUCGAGUACCAAGGCAGUAUUUGCCUUCAACGUCACCGGCAAAGAAGAAGGCAAAUGGUUCGUGGACCUGAAGAAUGGAUCAGGCCAGUGCGGCAAGGGUGAACCACCCACAGCCGCUGAUGCUACACUCACAAUGGACGGAAAGAAUUUCUUUGCUAUGUUCACCGGGAAGACGAAGCCUGCAACUGCUUACAUGCUGGGAAAACUGAAGAUCUCCGGCAAUCUGCAAAAGGCGAUGAAGUUGGAGAAGUUGAUGGGCAAGCUGAAGGCCAAGAUGUAAUCACAAUCAAGUGCACUUAACGGGGACACUUUUUAAAAUGCAAUUCUUUUAUAUACGGGCAUUCAUGCCACCUAUUUCUACUGAUUUAUAUUGUUAAAUUUUAAAUAAUUUGUAAGCUAAAGUAUAAAAAAUGUUUUCACAUUUAA